UAUAAAUAGUCACUUUUAAACAUUACUUUCAAUUCUUACGUUUAAAUAUAGUUUCACUUGCUUCACCAUGGAAGAUAAAACUUUAAUUAAAAGGCGUGCAUCAUUAAAAGCUAAGCUGACGCUAUUUGAAAGUUAUUUGCAAACCGUUGAGAGUUGUGACAGCUUAAGUAGAUUACAAAUAAAUGAAUUGAAUGUCCGUUUAUCUAAAAUUGAAGAAAUCUAUACCGAUUUCGAUUCAAUUCAGUGCGAUAUAGAAAAUUCCACGGAAAUUCCAGAUGAGCAGUACAAAGAACGCGAGGCCUUCGAGACCAAGUACUUCAGGGUGAUCGCGCGCGCUCGAGACCUGCUGGCUCCAGCAGCCGAGCCUGCGGGCAGCGACCACUCGCAGACAGGUUCUUGUUGUACUGCGCUUGAAGGACACUGAACCUUCGGCGAUACCUACUCUCUCCCGAUAUUUGAGAAUUCAGCAAUUAAAGGCCCAUUUCUGGAAACGUUAUUACACAGAAUACAUUACAGAACUCCAAAAACGGCAGAAAUGGUACCAGCAAGGAAAGCAACGGCUUCAACUCGGAGAGAUGGUGCUGGUGAAAGAUGACCGGCUGCCUCCUACCCGGUGGCUGCUAGGGCGCGUGGUGCGCCUGUACCCCGGCUCCGACGGCGUGACCCGCGUGGCCGACGUGCUCACCAGUUCGGGCACUCUUCGACGAGCAUUCAACCGACUGUGCCCGCUGCCAGUCAUGGACCAGGACCAGAACUGCGUUCCUGGGGCCGCAACAUGUUAACGCCUAGCAUGCGUGCGUUCACCGAUGUCUCACGCACACACGCUUACGACACGGACUACAUCAGCCGCGAGCGACGACGACGAUUGUGAACCGG